GCAUCCUCAGCAUCACUCACAACACGCUGCUCUCUCUCUCUCAUCCUCUCGGACACAUCAUCAAAUCCGUUUCUCUCAACUGCACGAAGACGCUGCCAAACUGCAACUACAAACCUGGAAGGAGGAUUGUAAUAAUAAUAAAAAAAAAGAAAACAAAAAUCCUGCUUGCAUGCAGACAGUAUGAGCGUCUGUGCAGCCGCCGUGUUGUCGCUCCGGAGGAGGAGAAGUUGUGAGUCAGAGCCGGCGGAGGACCAGCAGCAACUUUUAUAGACUUUCAACUCCACCGUCUGCAAGUAGCCAGCAGCCGCACUUUACACUUGUUUUACUCGGGGAUGGAGAGCUUUGACAUUUAAGACCUGUUUUUUUUUAGGUAAUGUGUUGUCGACGAGGGCGUCUUGAAGCGACUAGGAAAUGGCAUUUCUGUGAAGAAGAGGUCUCUGGGUUUAGUGGUUGACUAUGGAGAAUAAAUGAGAGGGACGUUCCGGGGGAUUAAUUGACAGCACAACGACAGAAUGCGGGAGAGGGACCUACAGAGCAUGUGCAGAAGGGCGCUGCUGCUGACCGUCUGUAUGGUGUCUCUGUGGGGACAACUGACCAGCGCAUCGUCACACAGAAGCCACAUAGUUCAUGUGAAAGCGGGAACCUGUGAGGUAAUUGCUGCACACCGAUGCUGCAACAAGAACAAGAUCGAAGAGAGAUCCCAGACUGUCAAGUGCUCCUGCUUCCCUGGACAGGUGGCGGGAACAACAAGAGCGGCUCCAUCUUGUGUAGACGCAUCCAUAGUUGCACAGAAGUGGUGGUGCCAGAUGCAUCCUUGCAUGGAUGGGGAAGAGUGUAAAGUGCUGCCAGAUCUCAAAGGAUGGAGCUGCAGUACAGGAAACAAAGUGAAGACAACCAAGGUCACACGAUAGUCGUCUGUUUCCAGGAUAACCUUGUUUGGAACCAGACAUUUGCUUCUUUGACCAACACCACAGAACGUUUGGAUAUCAUGUGUUGUGAGGAUUUGUGGAAACCAGGGACCAACAAGGACAGUAAUCACGGACAUUCCACUGAACGAAUGAAGGAAAAGGAGCUGGGAGCAUCAUAUAAGACUACAUAUCCAAAAAGAUUCCUGACUUUAGAUCCAGCAUCAACAGUAGCUGUCUCUGAACUCUACUGCCCACCAAAUCUCUCUUUGUAUUAUAGUUUUAUUCCUAUGGACUAGAGGACUCAACCAUGAAGAUAUUUAUUGACUAAAGACUGUGGAUUACACCAGAAAAAAAAAAUCCCCCUUAAAACAAAAACCACGUGAUGUGAAACUUUUUUGUGUUAUUUUCUUGCCACAAAGAGCCCCAGGACUCUUGAUGCAUAUCUGUGUUGAAGAUCUAGUGAGAUCAUAAGCAUUUUCAUUCCUUUUAGCCUUAUGGAGCAGAGGUAGCUCUUCUGUUUCUUUUGUUGUUGAUUUGAAACUAUCAAGUGUUUGGCUUUCUUAAGUUUGUUAGGAUGUCGAGUCUUGUUUUUAAAGACAAAAGACGAUGCCACAACAGUAAAACACGGUAAAAAAAUGUAAUGAUGAAGGGUCAACACAGCUGAGUUCUGCCAAAAUGUUUUAAUGGUAUCUGUUGUUUUCAAAGCCUGGUGACUACCAUUGAUUACAAAUGUCAAUAUUAUCUCAAUAAAUCUAACUAACAAUG